UACAAAGCGACGUGAUUUGCAGCACAAAUCAAUACAUAUAAAGUAUACAAAUUAAUAUUACAAAACAUACAAACUAUACAAAUCAUACUGACAUUUUGUACAAAAAUACUAACAAUACAAACUAAUGUUACAAAACAUACAAACUAUACAAAUCACUGUUCUUCCUUCAAACGACGUAUGCGAUGUCUCUCCACCGCCACCGCCGCUGCCGCCGCCGACGCCGCCGCCGACUCUCUCUACAGCCGUUGCCACCUCUCUCUCUCUCCAUCGUCGCGAUGCCUCUCUCUCCUCCAUUGUCGCCGACACUCUCUCUCCGCCGCCUCUAUCCUCCACCAUCGUCUCUCUCUCUCCUCUGGUUUCCCGACGACGACGAGAUCUGCUUUCUCUCUCUUCAAAGCUGCUGCCUCUGUCACGUUCGUUCUCCUUUCCCUCUCUUCGUCGUCGCCGGCACCGUCGAGAGCUCCAUUGUCGUCGUCGCCGCCCUCUCUUCCAUCAUCGCCGGCAUUCUCCCCCGCUGCAGCGCUUCUCUCUCAUGGGCGGCGGUGCUACGCAGAAGAAGACAGGCUGGAGGAAAAAAAUAAUUAAAUAAAAUUUUCAUAAUCCCAAAAUUGCCCCUCUCAUUAUUUAAUCAUCCCUUCCCUUAUUUCCACCAUUAGAUCAAUUAAUAAGGAUCCAAUGGCUGAGGAGGGGGGCUUAGCCAAGUGACUAAGCACCCCCCCUUAGUCACCAGAUCCGCUCUCAUAUUCUGUAGAGCCUCCAACAACAUCUCUAUUUUUGGAUUGAUUACUUGUAUUUAUAGUAACCAAGUUGGGGUCGAGGUGCCUCUAGCUUCGAAUUCUAACUAAUAGCGGCAAAUGUAAAUACAACAACGAAACUUAAGAAGUAAGAAUAAUAAGAAAUACACACAACAAAUUAGAGGUAGAGAGUAAAGGCCAACAAGUAAAGGCAAGAUAUAAAGAGCAGGAAAAUAGCGUUUGGAAAGCAUGUAUUAAAGGUGUUUAGGAUAGUUUCACUUAGAUGACAUAGCAUGUAAUCAAACAAUUAAAAUAUAUACUCAAGGUUGUAUUUCUCUGAUUUAAUCGAUCUCAAGCCUCUUUGAACUUGUCGUAUUCACGCUCCCGUGUCAUGCAAUAUAUAUAAUGAAUCAACUUAAGUGUGCUCUUGUGUCAUGACUUAGAUCGAUUAUGAACGCACAUAUAUCAUAAAAUAGUAUGGAGGUCGACUAACUCAAUAAUAGCUCUUAUACUGGUGACCUAGUAAUUAUAUACUAGAGGGUUCUCAUAUCAACCAAAUAAAAUCAUCAUUAAUCAAUGAAGGUACAUGAUAAAUGUCACAUCGACAUGUAUGAAAAACCAUACAGAUAACAUAUAUAAGCGCUCUUGCAUCACCUACACGAAUUCAACUGAUAAACAAUCAAGAACAAGAAAUCAUAAGCAUAAACCUCAAGAAUAUAUAUUAAGUUAUAAGAAAUACACGUUCAGAACAAAAUAGGAUCCAUUCCCUAAACAAUAGGAGUGUUUAGUAAGAUAUAAAGAAAUAAAACACCACCAUGAUCGGAAACAUUGAAGUUCAAAUCUCAAUGGGUUGGGCUAGUGAUAAUGUGAGGAUGAGAAGAUCCACAACGCCCUCCCUGCAUUCAAACCUUGAGGCCAACAACCAAUGCAAAAAAGAAACAUUGAAAUCCUUCUUUUGAAACUUAACAAAAACUAAGAGAAUCGGCUAUGAUGAUCUCGGUUACCCAAAGUAUAGAGGUACUCUUAUCAAUCAAUUGAUGUCUUGAAC